CCCGCCUUCUGUUUCUUCUCUGACUGGCGUACUCUGUGCUUAAAUGAAGCGCACCGGCUGGUUCCUGUGAAGCGGCCAUAUGGCUGCGUGGUUUAUGGAUAGAUCGUAUAAAAAGCUCUCUAUUUGGUUUACGGUACAAAUAGAGCUGUGUCGCUAGUGGCUGUCUUCAGCACAUAUUCAACCACAACAUGGCUCAUCUAACUGAAAACCCCGCGGAUAAAGAGAGGUUCAUCUGCCUCUACCCAGUCUACAUCAACAGUAAGAAGACGCUGGCUGAAGGGCGACGCAUACCCACAGAGAAGGCCGUGGAGAAUCCGUCCUGUGCUGAGAUCAGAGACGUCCUGACGGCUGCUGGAGUGAAUGUUUAUGUGGAGAACAAGAUGCACCCGAGGGAGUGGAACAGGGACGUCCAGUUCAGAGGUCGAGUCAGAGUUCAGCUGAAGCAGGAGGACGGCAGCCUCUGUCAGGAGAAGUUCUCCUCCCGUAAAGACGUGAUGUUUUAUGUAGCAGAGAUGAUCCCUAAACUGAAGACUCGGACCCAGAAGAGUGGGGGAGGAGACACCAGCUCUCAGCAGGGGGAGGGCGGGAAGAAGAGCAAGAAAAAGAAGAAAUAGACCCACAGACGUUGGGUUGUAUUUUUCUUUUAAGAUUUAAUUUAAAACUGGAGGUGACUGUGAAGUGAAGGUUUAGAUCGGUGUUGGCAAGAAUCGAACCCUGAACUCAUCCAAUGUUUUCUUUUUUACUGAAGCGUUUGUUGUUGAGGAUUUAAUGUUGCUUUGGAAACUCAUUCAGCUGUGGGCUCCUGCCAUCAUGUUUCCCCUUUUUUUUUUUUUUUUUACCUGAUGGUGAACAUUUCUGCAACCUGAGAAAACUGCUCGGCAUCAGCACAGUAACUGAGUCGUUGUGAUGAAGCAGGACCAUGUGGAGUGAUGGAGAAAGAUGUGUAUCCAUGUUUCUGUCUAAUGCCCUGCCCCCCUGCUCCACAUUUUGUUACCUCUACUGUGUGGCUUUGGAGAAAAAGAUGAAUAAAUAGUUGAUUUUCUCACCUGUUUGUUGGUACAAUUUGAUCAAACAAACACACGUCAGGAGCAGUGAUGAUAUGUAUAUGUGUAAGUUUUGGAAAUUUAAUUUGUCUUCAUUUGUGUGAAUAGAUGCACAUAAUGUGGCCAUGGAUGCAAGAGUAACACUGAGCUCUGGCCAUCUGACCAAAUGAGUAGCUAAGCAAGAAGGGAUGUGGUCAGGGAGGAGACUGAGAACCCAGCCGCCCUUCUCACAGGGUGUUUUAUAUGUUGCAUGUGUGUUGUGUAAAAAUGGCUGUACCUUGAAAUCCCAUGUUGGGUGGGUUUGAUAUGACACAGAAAUAAAACUAGACCUGAAAGAUAUGAA